AUGGACAAUUCUGAUGCUCUCGCCCAAGUUCUUGGCACCACAGAACUACUAUGUUCAAUCCUAGGCCAUUUAUCGCAAGCAGAUUUACUCCGGUUGCAGCGUGUGUCUCAGUCGUGGCGCUCACUUAUCAAAAAUGCACCUAAUCUAUGUGCCGCCACCUUCACGGGUCAAGGCCCCUCCCAGCACGUUCUGAGCAAGGUUCCGCAGCUGAAUACGUUUGUUAUCGGCCGACUACGCUGGUCCCCUAGCCUAGAAAUGGCCUUGGUCAAUACAACCCAAUUCCAUUCUGUCGGAACGGACCCGACUCUGCAGGCAAUGGCUUAUGAGCAUGCAUCGUGGAGAGAUCAGUAUCUGACCUGGCCCCCCGUCGCCAAAUUGUCGAUUAUCCACGGAACCAUUUCACAGGAGGAACCAAGUCUCGCGGACCUGGUGGUGACCUCUCGCCGAAGUGAUAAUCAGAAUCUUGCGCGUGAGGAGGAAGAAGAUGGGAGCUCCGAGUCUGACAGCGAAACCCCACCCUAUGUCUUAUACAUAGAGGACUUCCCGCAUAAUUCAGGUCGGGAAUGUCGAGGUAUCAGUGUCCUAGACAUGAUCUAUGGCCUUCGAUUGCAUUAUCUGAAGUUUGAGCAUAGCUUGAAGUUCUUUCUUCGUCCAGCAUUUGAAACCCCCAGAGGUGGUGAAAUUCUUGCGCGGAUCAAGAAGUACCCUCGGGAGCUGAUGGUUGAUGUUACAGUCCUCAACUUCUGA